AUGUUGGCAACAUCUGACUCAUCGUUUCUGGGAAAACAUAAACUUCAAGUAUGGAAAAAAAUUGGUGAAGGUUCGUUUUCUAAGGUUUACUUGGUCAAAUUUGGAGAACCUGAUGACGAAAAUGCAGUAAUGGUUGCAACAAAAGUGAUAAACAAGAAUCGCGUUUCCAAUAAAUUCGUGGAGAAGUUUUUACCCCGUGAACUCGAUGUGUUGGUCAAACUAAAGCAUCCAUACAUAGUGAAGGCAAUUUUAAACUCGAUUGUUACAAAGAAAUAUGAAUUACUUAUAGGUGAUGAAAUUGUAUACAUUGGUGAUUAG